AUGGGGACGCGAUUCAAAGGUGACACGAAAGACCCAGGGGUGAAUGUCACCACCUGGUUUCUUCUAGUUCUUACAACAGAUGAUUUCCUGAUUAUUGCUUCUCUAAUAUUUAGCAUCAGCCAGUGUAUUGCUGUUUCGUUGGCAGUUGGAUCUGGUUAUGGGAAACAUUUCAAAGAUGUCUCCAGUGCGGAGAUUGACGUGGUGAUGAAAAACCUCUUUGCAGGGUCUCUUCUAUACCUCCUAAGCCUCAUAUUUUCGAAACUAUCUCUGGUUGUGUUCAUCCGGAGUCUUACACCAUCCGCCAAAGAUAAAUGGCUCGCCCGAGGCGCCGAGGCCAUCGUAUAUACCUGGGCAAUUGUUGCGAUCUUUGGAACUGCAUUUGAAUGCUCUGUUCCCCAUACCUGGGACUUCUGGAACGGCCAGUGCUUCAAUCUGCGUUCAAACAACGCUGUGGCGACGCCUGGGUUUUGCGGGUAUUUUCCUACCUCGGCUCUUGUGAGUGACCCUGCUCUUACGGAGUGCACCCUUCCUCAUAAUUAUGAACCAGAUACUAACCUUGUUUUGCUCGAUAGUGUGCCGGUAGCAACGAUCGUUGAACUUGCCUUUCUUAAGAAAGGUACGAAAACAGAUGAUCCAACGUUCGACAUGUGCGAGAUCACCAUUUUCGAAGUGAUCAUUCAGUGUCUGAGUAUUGUGACGGCCUGUUGGGGACAAUUGAGUCCCUUCUUGUCCUGGAUGCGAUCGAAUGGGCUCAGGCUCGAUGGCGUGGAACAACCGACUUCGUCAAGCUACAAGAUGUACUCGCAAUCACAGGGGCGGUCCAGGUCACGGGACACCAAGUCUAGGUUCGAAAACCAUGAGACGUUCCCUCUGCCAAUGCGACGAGAUCAAAUUCUAGUCACUCAGGAUUGGGAGGUGAAUAGUCAGUCGAGCCAGGCGGACAUGAUUGUGGAGUCGGAGACACACAUACACCACUAG